AGUGCCGUUGACCAAAGUCUUGGAUUUCUUCACCUUGGCUUCCUCUAAUCUCACCUCUCACUGCAAAAAACCUACUCUCUUCAACUAGACCCACCAGUCUAGUAGACAAUUUGAUAACCUAACCAUCGUCGCCAAGCAAACAUCUUCCAACCUCGACAGCUCUGCUCCUAGCUUCACAUAACAUCACCUUACACCGAGCAAAGGCACCCACCGCGAAUGACGGCCAUGCGAGACCCCGAACUCGACGACGUCCCCCCUCCGCCGUACUCCGAGACAGACAUCUACUCAAACUCCGGCCGGCCAUCAAACCCGCCCUCAAAUUCACCUCACAUCUCGUCCCGUCAUGGCACCGACGAUGCCGCCUCGCGCGGCUCCUCGCAUGCCUCAUCCCACAGCGAAGUCAUCUACACCCCGCCAUUGACACCCCGCACCGGCGGCCCAGGCAGCAGCGGCGGCGGCGGUGUUCACCAUCACAGCUCGAAUGUGAGCCUCGACCUCACCAACCGCUCUCUCGCGGCAACCGGGGGAGGAUCCCACCAAUCUCAGUCUCUUUCAGGGUCGGUAUCGGCAUCGGCAUCGGCGUACUCGGAGUUCACGGCAUCCUACUUCGAAUCCAGGCCCGCGCCCGCGGGACUCGCCCCGUCACCCAGGGACCACCUCCUCGUCCACGCACUGACCGUCACCCCAAGCUCGACACCGGACGACGUACCCUACUCUCCGGCAUGGGCUCCCCGCGACGUCACGCAGCAGGACUGGGCGACGUUCACAAACUGCCUGAUCCCGCACCACGCCGCGGCACGGAACGAGGCCGUCAUCGACCGUAAGCUGCAGGCUGAGGAGGAGGCCCUUGCUGCCGCCGCCGCUGUCGCAUCGGAUGGAAGCGGUACAGGGCAGAGCAAAAGCGGCAGCAGCGCGCACGCCUCGGCGCAACUGGACCAGAUUCGCGCGGACAGGGACACCGAUCCAGGCGCGGCGGCCGCUGCUUCGGGCGUGAGGAGGGAGGAAGCGGAGGGUGUGGUCGCGCAGUGGAACGAAGGGUUCUUCCGGCCCAGGGGCAUGCUCAUCACGCUGGUACCCGAGGUGGCAGAGGAGGACCGGCACAUGCCAGGCGCUUGGGACCGGUCCUUUGACAGAAACGUCGAGAACCAUGCCAUCGGAGGCGGCGAUCGCGAUCUUGUUCUCGGUGGUGGCAGUAGCAGCGGCGGUCCCACGCCUGUACCUUUCCCCGCGCAUCCCGGCCAGGCUCCCGCGAUGCAAGCCCAGCAGCAACCGCAGUCUGGCUCCAAUGACCGGAACAGUUGGAGCUUUGGCGGCAUCACCGUCUCGACGGACGGCAUUAACAUUGGCGACCGUAUUGUCGCAGACAGCAAUGGUAUCCGAGUAGGGAACCUCAUUGCGGACGAGAACGGCAUCAGGUUCGGGAGCACCCCCACGCCGCGCGCGCAGGCGCACUACGCUGGACCCGGAUGGGCUCCUCCGCCGCCGCCGCCCGCACCUCCGGGCCCGCCACCGGUGCCGAUGUUUGGCGGUCCCGGCCAUAUUCCAGGGCCCUUCUCCCCGACCGGACUGCCUCACCCUCAGCCACCGAUCAUUCCACACCCGAGCCCGCAGCAUCCCUUUUUCCAAGGCAGCGGCCCAGAACAACAACACGCACGCCAUGAGAGCGCAGAUGGUGGCGGAGCAGCAGCCCGCGGUCGACCUCCCGGCCGGUACCCCUCAGACCAGCGCUCCGUCUCAUCCUCCUCCGUCACCUCAGCCUCCUCCUUAUCCUCUGCAUCCUCCGUUGGCUCCCUACCAGACUACGAAGACCUCUACCCCUCACAACUCCCCAUCUACAAGCAGCGCAUCACCUCCUGGCUAUCUCACCCAGAGCAGCCCGUCACGAAAGAUGACAUUGCGCAGCUCCGCGAGGACAUACGUUCCGCGGGCUCUUCGGCAGCGGCGCAACCUCGGCAGCAGCCAGAGAAAGGACCAGAAGAUACAGCAACAGCAGCCGCCACCGCUGCAUCGAAAAAGGCAGAGGAGAAAGCGCUCCGAGCGGAAAUCAGAAGCAUCACGCAAGACUGGCGCAAACUCAAGCGCCAGCAACGGGCCACGCGCAAGGAGAAGCGGAAGGAACGCCGCGCGAGGAGGAAAGAGGAGAAGAGGGAGCGGAGGGAGGAGAGGAGGGAGAGCAGGCGGGAGAAUAGGGAGGCAAGGCGCGAGCAGAGAGGAGCGCAGAGGGAACUGCGGAGGGGCGGCGGCGGCGGUGAUGGUGGCGGUGGACCAGGAGGAGAUCCUCAUCACCAUGAUCACCAACGUCGGCAUCAGCAAGAGCACCAACGACACCAGCAGCAGCAGCACCACCAGGCACAGCAGAGACAACAUCAGGAACAACAAAGACAGCAUCAAGAGCAGCGUCGACACAUUCAACAACACCAGCAACAGCAACAGCAGCACCAACAUCAGCAGCAUCAACAACACCAACAGCACCAACAGCACCACGGCCCCGGACCGGCCCCGUGGGGUGAGCCGGGAGUGUUUGUUCCGCCGAUGGGUGUCCACGUUCCCCCGCCGCCCGUGGUACAUGGCACUCCCCCGAUCCCAAACUUCCCCAAUAACGUCUCCCCAGUGCCGAACGUCUGGGGCAUGCCGUGGGGACCUCCAGGGCCAGGUAGGGGUUCCAUGCCGGGUGGUUAUCCCGGCGCCGGAAAUGGUCCUCCUGGUCCUAGUCCUGGUCCUUGGGGAGGAUUACCCAGAGCAUGGCCCGUCACAGCAGUGCCGGCAGUAGGGAAACGAAGCCCCAGCAUCGGCGGCAGCGGCAGCAUGACCUCCACACCGUCCACACCGGUGCCGCCCUCAUCACAGGCGCUUUUCAAGGCGGUUGAGGAAAUGGAAAAGGAUAUUGUCAAGAGGGUGGAGGAGCUGGAUAAAGUGAGAACGGAGAUGCGGGAUAGUAAUGCCGGAAGAGGACGCUGCGGCGGUAGUCGAGGCUGGGGCCGGGGUCGUGGUGAUGGCGGGGGAUGCGGCGGAAGAGGCGGCGAUAAGAACACGCAACGUCUGGAGGAAGAGAUUGACGAGUUAUCGAGGAAUAUCGAGAAGCUCAAGGUCGAGGCGGAUGCCGAGUUUGCGAGGGAGUUGGCGGCGGAGGAUCAAAAGUCUGGGGGCUGGUAGACAGUCCAUACAUUGACAGACACACAUCAAUACCUACGUACCUUUGCUAGGCAUGUACAAAUAUGUACGGGGCCGUAUGAUUCAGGGGAACAAAUCGGUACAUAUAGUAAUCUGUAGAGAUACAGCAAAGGG